UCAUAGAUUCUGUAAUUUUUUUACCGCAUUGAUGAAGUGAAGGGAAGUAAUCCGAUCCCGCUUACCAAAUAAUUUGUUGACGAUACGAUUUACUUUACAAUGCCGUCAGCGAUGGAUUCCAAGCCAAUCAGUUGGGCUGAUCAAGUUGAACAAGGAGAAGCUGAUUUACAACCUGCUGGAGAAGUUAUUUCAGGUGAUAAGAAGAUAGUUACUGAAUAUAAGCAUAAUGAUGAAGGGAAAAAAGUUAAAAUUGUGAGGUACUAUAAGAUUGAAAGAAAAAUGGUUUCUAAGUCUAUUGCUGUUCGUAAGGCUUGGAAGAAGUUUGGAGCAGCAUCAAAUGAUCCUCCUGGUCCAAAUCCCUCGAAUACUAUUGUAUGUGAAGAAAUCUUCAUGCAAUUUUUAUCAAAUAAAGAGGAAGAGAAGGGACAAGAAGAAGAUCCAUUAGCUAAAUUGAAAGGUCAAAAAAUGGUGAAAUGCCGUAUUUGCAAAGAUGAUCACUGGACAACUCAGUGUCCCUACAAGGAUAAGCUUGGUACUUUACCAGAUUUGUUGAAGGAAGAACCUAAACCUGCUGCAGCACCGAAUCCUCAAGCUGAAGAGAAAGUAAAAGCAGGAAAAUAUGUCCCUCCAAGUAUGAGGGAAGGAGCAAAUAGAAGAGGAGAAUCUAUGACACCCUCUAGAAGAGAUGAAACGCCUACAAUUCGAGUAACCAAUCUUUCAGAAGAUGUGAGAGAUUCAGAUCUGCAGGAACUUUUUAGACCCUUUGGAACUAUUGCAAGAAUAUACUUAGCUAAAGAUAAAUCUACUGGGCAAUCAAAGGGAUUUGCAUUCAUCAGCUACCAUCGGCGAGAAGAUGCCGCUAGAGCAAUUCAAAGUGUUGAUGGCUUUGGAUAUGAUAAUCUUAUUCUAAGUGUUGAGUGGGCCAAGCCUUCUGGAACAAAUUGAAAAUAGCUGUUCAUUUACAAAAUGACUUUUGGAUUUAUACUAUGAAAUAUCUGUAUAACUGGACUUAUAUAAUAAAAUACAAUUGUAUUUGUUUGUUAAAAAAA